GUAGUGAACAAACCUACCCACUACGAAAAGCUUUUUCCAGGAAGUGUAGGUUGCUGUACCCUGUAUCCCCUGAGCAGCAGGUGCUCGCUCAACAGUUCUCAUGCUACUUGCAAGCAGCGCAUUUGGAGGAGCCCCAGCAACGUGCACAGAGGAUGAACGAACCCUAUGGCCCUGAGGCACCCCGUCCCAUCAGCAGCACAUCUCCUGGCACCAUGAAAAUGUUCAUGGGCUUCCUCACUGUAUUUAUUGUAGUGCAGACCAUCGGGACAGUGCUCUUCUGUUUGUAUCUUCACAUGAAGAUGGAUAAGAUGGAAGAGGUGUUGAGCUUAAAUGAAGAUUACAUCUUCCUGAAGAAAGUACAGAAAUGUCAGAGAGCAGAAGGUCAGAAGUCAACAUUAUUGGACUGUGAAAAGAUUAUAAAGGGCUUCCAGAACAUCCAGCGCAAGGUACAUGCUGUUGGGUGGAUAAAGAUCCCACUGAAGAAGGAGAGGGGCUCCCAAUCAAACACAGAGCUUCACCCCAAGGACAGACCCCCCAAGGAGCAGGCCAAGUUUGAAAUGCAGAGAGGUCCUGAGCACCAUGAGCAUCCCCAUUUGACGCACAGGAAUGAGACAUCUGUGGCAGCAGAUAAGAGGGAGCCAAUUGCAGUUCACCUGGCGGGUCAGCAGAGCAACAAGGCAGGCUCAGUGCUGGAGUGGAGGGAGACAAUGUAUGGCCCCACAAACAGCUUGAUAUCCAACAAGGAGGGGAAACUGAAGGUGAAGGAAGCAGGGCUCUACUACAUCUACUCCCAAGUCAGCUUCUGCACCACGGAAGUGUCUUUGGCACCCUUCACCCUCUAUAUUUAUUUACAUAUCCCCAAGGAAGAGGACCGGCUCUUGCUGAAAGGACAAAAGACACAGACCUCUUUGAAGACAUAUGAAGAAGAACACUUGAAGACCCUCUGUGGACUCCAGUCCAUCCGUGUGGGAGGCGUCUUCAACCUCCGGGAAGAUGACAUGGUCUUUGUCAAUGUGACAGACUCCACAAAAGUGAGGUACAGCCACGGCAACACCUACUUUGGCAUCUUCAAGCUGUAGUGAGGAAAGGGCUGUCCCGAGCUGGGAAUCCAGCCCAACUUUCUUGAGCAAAGUGCCUUUCCCUUUUCCCCUUAUUUAUGUUCCUCUGCCUCUCUGUUUUUCUUAUUUCUUAAUUUGUAUAUUUUGUUAUUUAUUAAUGAGGGCCAAGGGGCCCUGAAAACACAAAUGGAACAAAGUUUGAACCUGUUAUUAUUUGCUUUCAGUUUUUAUUCUUUCGCAGUCAGUGAUUUGGUACAUGCUGGUGUUGUGUAUCUGGGUCCACCCCACCCCACAUUCCUGGCAGGGUUGAUGCCCCUGUUAUGUCAUUAGAGCUUUGUUUACCAAACUCUGCCAUCAAUGUUUCUUUCCUAGAAAUGUAGGAUGGCUCAGGGGACUUCAGCCAAGCUGGGUUCAUGCAUAUCUCUGGCACCAAUCUGCUUACAAACAUCAAUGGGAAAACAAAAAAUGGCUUAGGAACAUCUUCUCUAAAGGAAUCAUUACGCCCAGCACUGUCUUUACAUGGUAGCUGCUGGUGAGACAAGGUUGCCACCCCAACUGUCAGCUGUAUCUGGAGAACCCCCUUUUUUCCAUCCAUGCCUGUCUGUGAAACUCAACCAGCUUCCUCAGGGUGGCACUGCCUUGGCUGGGUUCAUACUUGAUGGCAAUCUCUCCACACCAGCGGUGUGAUUGGUGCCUGAGGGAGGACUGCAGAUUUCAAGGCAGAGAGAAAGUAGGGCACUAGUGGUGGUCUGCUCUUGGUGACCUGAGUCAGUCCACCAGACUCUCCUGCCACCUCUGCAGGCAGAGGAACCUUUGCCUGUGGACAGUUUCGCUACCCUGUGGAAGGGGUACUGGGCACCACCAUCAAAACUGGAACUGCAUCUUCUCCUGAGACCCCUCCUACCCAAGAAGGAGGACCAGGAAACCAUGGGGGUGGCAGGACCACCUACUUCUUCUUCCCUCCAAGACGUACAUGCAGAGCAUCUUCUGACUGUCCUCAGUGAGGAUUGUCCACAGGGGCAUUUUUCCUGGAGCUCCAGGAGAGCAGGACUGUGCAGAUGCCCUCUUGGGCAGGGGGCACCUGGGUGACAUUGCACACUAGGGUCUUCCCAACCCUAUUCUCCAGCUUAGUCUGCAGGGAGGGUGAUCAGAGCACAGGGACAUAGAUUGCAUUUUAAAAAACAUUUGAAGAUGACACAUGUGACAAGCCUGGAGUUUUUGGUUAUAGAGGUCGCACUUAGAGUGUCAAAGUUUGGAAAAAAUUUUGGAUGCCAAGGAGUUUGCAAAUGGAAGAGCUUCUAUAUUUGGGCAGUCUUUAGGCUUUGUUGUGCUGGAGGCUGCAGGUCUAGUCCUAACACGGUGCCCAAAUGCCACCACUGGUAGGACAGAAAGGGCAUUCUUUGCACAGCUCAUUGCAGAGCUGGGCGCACAGCACAGCCCCCUUCAAAAUCAAUAGAGCUCAGGGACUGUUUGGUUUCACUAUAAUUUAGUAAGUAAUUUUUGGAUGUUCUCCAAAACUACCUAACUUUUUUAGGGGAUGGACCAUUCUUGUCUGACAUCUUAUAUGAAGACUAUUUAUUUAACUAAACCCAUCUUAUAUUUGUAACCAGAGAGACUGAAUGCCAGAGGACUGUGCAUUAUGCUGUGUUUUGCAGCAUAAUUCAGGGUUUGUGGCUCCCCCUUCCACAGUGUGGGGUUUCUUCCACUGAUCACCCCACAAUUAAUACAGCUUAUGGAUUCAGACAUAGGUGGCUCUGUAUGUUUUGAACGCUGCUCACCCUACCCAAACCCAGGCUGAGAUUUCACAGGGUCCUGCUUGGUGUCUGGGGACCAAGAGGGCAGUGGGGGGGCCACUGGGGGUCACAGUGGGGACAACCAGUCCCAGAAGCCUCCAGGGGCAGCCAUUCCACCAUGCUCCUCGGGGCAUGUUGAGGUGCCAGGGCCUGGCAACACUUGGGACAUUUUGGCAGCAGAAGCAGAGAACCCCUGUCCUGCGAGAGUAGUGAGACGCCAAGGCUGAAGCCCCUAGCUCAGCUAUGAAACAGAGGGGUGAGGACUAGUUUUAAUGGGAUUUAGGACACCUGACUGAAAGAUGAUUAUUCCUGCCUGUCUUGAGGUCAUGGAGCCUGCAGGGAUGUCUCUGCUUCAGAGCAGAGGGAUGGAUGCUGCGUAUGCUGUGUGUGUGGCUGGGCAGCUGCUGCCUCCCAGGGUGCCCCAUGGUGGUGUGGGUCUGACCACAUCCCUGUUAAUGCUGAAACACAGCCAGCCCUGUGGGCCAGGCUCCUGGAGGCAGUGCUGGGCUGUCUGAAGAACCACAAACCUCCACAGGGGAGGUGGAGGUGCUCGGUCAUGGUGGGAGUGUGGGUGGGAGCUACAGAAGAAACCAAAGAUGAUGCAAACUAGCAUGGCCUAGGAGCAGCUUGGAGCAAGUGAAUGGGGAGGAGAGAACUGUGAAGAGUGUGUGGCCAAAAACGAGGAGUAGAAAACCUGCUCCUCACAGGCAGGGAGAAACUGUGAUCAGUGCACACUUUGAAGCUUCCUGCAGCCCCCAGCCUCAAUGGUCAGGAGCACCUGCCAGAGACCUUGGGCUGGGCUGUGGUUCCCAGCCCAGAUCACUGAGCAUGGAUCCAGAAGCUGCAAAUUGCAUGGUAGAGGAAAACAAAGAGGUGAGGAGAAAAGCAGUCUUUAAACCAGUCCAUAGAUUCUGCAGCAAGGGCAGCAGAUGCCAGCUGUCACCUCCCUGGCUGUGGGCUGCCUGACCAACCCCUGCCCGCACAGCUGCCUUUCUCAGGGCUUUUGUUUCUUGCCUCUGUUUCUUGACUUGCCAAAAAUAGCCCAUGGGAUUCAGAUGUGAGGUAGUGUGUGAGAGGGGACGAGAUGCAAUUGCUGCCAUUCCGCUGUGUCCUUCUCCCCCAGCCCUGCCUGUUGCCGUAGCUGCACUGUUUCCUCUCCCCAUGGAAAGUUUAAAGGUUGUCAAUACAUUGAUUUUUUUCCUUGAUGUGAGGCCUCUAUGCCAGUCCUCAGGCUGUGGAUUUUAGUGUUUCCAAACUGAAUUUUGUUCUGAGUUAAGGGGUUGAGAGGGUAAUAAGUUUGCAGGGCACAUCAGCAGGACUGGCACAGAGGGUGCUGGAUGAGCAAUGCUGCCCAAGCAGCAGCAUGGACAUCUGCUGGCAGAGGUGUUUGCAUGGUUCAAUGCACACUGAGCCCACUAAAAAUAAAUAAAUAAAUAAAUAAAUAACUAUAAAUAUAAAUAAA